GAUCACUUAAUUCAUUGCUUCCUCUAUCUAUAAAACAUCUAAAACUAAAGUAAUUUCAAACAAAGAAGAAAAAACUUGAGAGCUUUUCCAAUGGAGGAAAUACAAGAUACUAAUACUACAUCUCUGAAAGUUCUAAUGGUUCCAUGGUUAGCUCAUGGCCAUGUAAUUCCUUAUUUAGAACUAGCAAAGAAACUAUCUAAAACCAAUCUUUUCUUCAUAUACUUUUGUUCAACACCUAUCAUUCUUAAUUCCAUCAACCAAGAAAAUCUACCAAAAAAUAUCCAACUCAUAGAAUUCCCUUUACCAUCAUCAACACAACUUCCUAGCCAUAACCACACCACCAAUGGCCUACCAAAAAACCUCCUUUCAACCUUAAUCCAAACUUUUGGAGAAGCUACUUCAGCCUUUGCUAAAAUUCUUGAUUCCCUUAAUCCGGAUUUGCUUAUUUUUGAUGGUUUUCAACCAUGGGCACCUGAGCUUGCUUCUUCAAGAAAUAUUCCUGCUAUUCAUUUCCUAAUAGUUGGCUCUGCUUCUAUUUCUUUCUUCUAUCACCAUUAUUUGUAUGUUGGCACAAGAAACUUUCCAUUCUCAGCAAUUUUCCUUAAGGAUUAUGAGGCAAAACAACUCCAACACAACUCCCUUGGACCAAAUGUUGCUUUCAAUGGGGUUGAAAAAUCCCAUGAUAUUAUUUUGAUCAACACUUGUAAUGAAAUUGAGGGAAAGUAUGUGGAUUAUCUCUCAACUCUAAGCAAGAAAAAGGUCAUACCUGUCGGUCCACUUAUUCGUGAAUUGAAAACAAGUAUGGAGAAUGAGGGAAAUGACUCCAAGAUUAUACAAUGGCUAGACAACAAGGAUGAGUCCUCAUGUGUUUAUGUUUCAUUUGGAAGUGAGUAUUUCUUGUCCAAAGAGGAGAUUGAAGAAAUAGCACAUAGCUUAGAGCUAAGUGAGUUGAACUUCAUAUGGGUACUAAGGUUUCCAUUAGGUGAAGAAAUUAACAUUGAAAAUGUGCUACCAAAAGGUUUUCUUGAUAGAGUUAAAGAAAAAGGUGUAAUUGUGGAAAAAUGGGCACCUCAAGCAAGAAUUCUUGAGCAUGCAAGUGUUGGGGGAUUUUUGUGUCAUUGCGGAUGGAAUUCUAUACUAGAAAGUUUACAUUUUGGAGUUCCUCUUGUAACCAUGCCUAUGCACCUGGAUCAACAUACUCAUUCAAGAAUGGCGGUCGAGCUAGGAACAGCUAUGGAGGUUGUGAGAGAUGAAAAAGGGAAACUGAAUAGAGAAGAGACAGCCAAAGUGAUAAGAAAUGUGGUGAUGGAGAAGAAUGGUGGAGAAAAUGUGAAGGCAAAGAUAAGAGAAUUGAGGAACAAGAUAAGAGAGAAAGGAGAAGAAGAGUUUGAUCAAGUGGUUAAGAGGUUGUUGCACCUUUGUACCAAGAAUAAGCAAUGAACACAAGAUGGCAUAAAAGAAG